AUGAAGGCCGACGGCGUUGUAGCCCUUGCACUCGCCUCAGUUGUGCAUGCUCAUUGUACUUUUCCAACAUCCUCAUUUUAUGUCCGCAAGACUACCAACUUUGGCGUUCACGACCAUGGCCCGCUUUUCAACGUCUCAUCGACAGACCUCAGAUAUUUUGAGCUUGAGCCAGGUAAAGGGAGCCCCGAAACCAUGUCCGUCAAGGCUGGCAACACGGUGGGCUUCGGAGCAGACGGCAAUGUUACGCAUCCUGGACCUCUUCAGUUCUACAUGGCGAAGGUUCCGGAAGGAGAGACUGCCAAAGCCUUUGUAGGAGACGGGGACGUUUGGUUCAAAAUCUUUAACGAUGACCCGGAAUUCGGCGGGAGUUGGCCUGAGUGGCCUAACUGGUCCCGGGUCCUACCCCUAUUUCUUGCUAAACGCAACUCGCCUGGCUAG